AAUUGAUUUCUCUAUCAAUGAUGACGCGACAUCACGUCGUCUCUCUCUCCUGCUCUCCAUCUUAAAUCCGAACUCCCACCUCUCCAUUGUCUUACUUUCACUUAUAAAAGCGGCCGAGAUUAUCUCAUGCUCGAUCAAUAUUACUCAUGAAUGUAAUUGAGCAGACUGUGGUACCUCAAGAAGUGUUGCGAGUUGCCCGGAGAUAGUCGAUCUAGUUUCCAGUUUCCAGUUUAUGCGUAGUGUUUCCGUCCUUCUUGUGCCACUCGCCUUCUUUCGCCCACCAUGUCUUCGCGGCCAGAACUGAAGGUUGACGAUGAACAUGGAUUCAUAAAAUAUUUCAAAUCGCUUCCAUCUGUCGGUGAAGAAACCGUACGAAUCUUCGACCGAGGCGACUGGUACACGGCUCAUGGUGAAGAUGCCAACUUCAUCGCCCGGACGGUCUACAAGACAACCUCGGUAGUCCGACAACUCGGCCGCAACGAUGCAAGCGGUCUGGCAUCGGUCACCAUGACCGUCACCGUCUUCCGACAAUUCCUUCGAGAGGCCCUCUUCAAGCUCGGCAAGCGAAUCGAGAUAUAUACGAACACAGGGUCCCGCAUGAAUUGGAAGGUCGAAAAGCAGGCAUCUCCCGGCAACCUGCAAGAUGUGGAGGAUGAACUUGGUGGCCAAUUUGACUCUGCGCCCAUGAUCCUAGCCGUUAAGAUAUCUGCCAAAGCUAGCGAGGCGAGGAGCGUGGGAGUCUGCUUUGCCGACGCCAGUGUCCGGGAGCUUGGUGUCAGCGAAUUUCUCGAUAACGACUUAUACUCGAAUCUUGAGGCUCUCCUCAUCCAGCUCGGAGUCAAAGAAUGUCUCAUCCAGUUUGACAAGGCUGAGAAGGACAAGGACCCUGAACUCGCCAAAAUUCGUCACAUUAUCGAUAACUGUGGAAUUGCCAUCGCAGAACGGCCGGCCGGUGACUUUGGCACCAAGGAUAUCGAACAAGACCUGGCGCGUCUGCUAAAAGACGAGCGGUCUGCUACCCUACUUCCUCAGACAGACCUCAAACUAGCUAUGGGUUCUGCUGCGGCCUUGAUAAAAUACCUCAAUGUUUUACAGGACCCUUCCAACUUUGGCCAAUACCAACUGUACCAACACGAUCUUUCCCAAUUCAUGAAACUAGAUGCUGCUGCAUUAAAAGCUCUUAACUUAAUGCCUGGCCCGCGGGACGGAUCAAAGAAUAUGAGCCUAUUCGGGUUACUCAAUCAGUGUAAAACACCUCUUGGAAGUCGAUUGCUAUCGCAGUGGCUCAAGCAGCCGCUUAUGAGCAAGGAAGAGAUCGAGAAACGACAACAGUUAGUAGAGGCAUUUGUCAAUGACACAGAGCUAAGGCAAACGAUGCAGGAGGAACAUCUCAAGUCCAUUCCAGAUUUAUACCGCUUGUCUAAGCGGUUUCAACGCAAUAAGGCUAAUCUAGAAGAUGUUGUGAGAGCCUAUCAAGUGGUCAUCCGAUUACCUGGGUUUUUAGGGACCCUAGAGGGAGUCAUGGACGAAGUCUACAAAGAUCCGCUUGAUGAAGCCUACACAAAUAAGUUGAGAAGUCUAAGUGACAGCCUCGGAAAACUUGCGGAAAUGGUUGAAACAACUGUCGAUCUCGAUGCACUUGAUAAUCACGAAUUCAUUAUUAAACCGGAGUUUGAUGACAGCUUACGUAUUGUUCGAAGGAAACUGGAUAAGCUUCGGUCCGAUAUGGAGAAAGAAUUCCGCAAUGCCGCGGACGACUUGAAUCAGGAAGAGAACAAGAAGAUUUUUCUUGAAAACCACAAAGUCCAUGGUUGGUGCAUGCGACUGACGAGAACGGAAGCUGGCUGUAUUCGCAACAACUCAAGAUACCAAGAGUGUUCCACUCAGAAGAACGGCGUUUACUUUACAACGAAAGCGCUGCAGGCCUACCGUCGAGAGUUCGAUCAAUUGUCACAGACGUACAAUAGAACCCAAAGCAGCCUAGUCAACGAGGUUGUCGGUGUGGCCGCCUCGUACUGCCCUGUUCUAGAGCAACUCGCCGGUGUAUUAGCCCACCUUGAUGUCAUUGUCUCUUUCGCUCACUGCUCAGUGCACGCGCCUACCUCCUAUAUCCGACCCAAGAUUCAUCCCCGAGGUCAAGGGUCGACUAUUCUGAAAGAAGCACGCCAUCCAUGCAUGGAGAUGCAAGAUGAUAUUCAGUUCAUCACGAACGAUGUUGAGAUGAAGCGAGGAGAGUCGUCCUUCUUGAUCAUCACGGGGCCUAACAUGGGAGGUAAAUCAACAUAUAUUCGCCAGAUCGGUGUAGUCGCUCUGAUGGCACAGAUAGGCUGCUUCGUGCCUUGCUCAGAGGCCGAACUUACCAUUUUCGACUCUAUUCUCGCUCGAGUUGGCGCGAGUGACUCGCAAUUAAAAGGAGUCUCAACAUUCAUGGCGGAAAUGCUUGAGACAGCCAACAUUCUCAAGUCGGCGACCAACGAGUCUCUUAUCAUUAUUGAUGAAUUAGGGCGUGGUACGUCAACCUACGAUGGAUUUGGCCUGGCAUGGGCCAUCUCGGAACAUAUUGUAAAAGAAAUCGGUUGCUUCGCUACCUUCGCCACGCACUUUCACGAGCUCACAGCCCUUGCCGAUCAGUAUCCCCAGGUGCGCAACCUGCACGUCACAGCCCAUAUCUCAGGGGCCGAGUCCAAUGGCACCCCAGCCCCCGAAGCCAAGCGUGAGGUCACACUGCUAUAUAAAGUCGAGCCCGGCAUCUGCGAUCAGUCCUUCGGUAUCCAUGUCGCCGAGCUUGUCCGCUUCCCAGAUAAAGUCGUGCGCAUGGCGAAGAGGAAAGCGGACGAGCUUGAAGACUUCACUUCUAAGCACGAGGACGGACUGGGACUACAGUACAGCAAGCAGGAUGUCGAGGAGGGUAGCGCAAGACUGAAGGAGGUUCUUGUGAAGUGGAAAGACGAUGUCAAAGGAGGGCAGAUGAGCAAGGAGGACAUGAUUGCGCGUAUGCGAGAGCUUGUCAAGGCUGACGAGAAGCUCCUUGCUAACCCAUUCUUCGCUGCUGUGAAGGUGCUUUAGUUCUUGCUUAUAUCCGCAUAGCCGAGACUCAUUGCUUGGCUAGACUAUGUAAAGCCCGUAUCCACGACCUGUUAUUUGUGUUUAUCUGCGCUGGCGUUGGGGGUGUAAAAGCGGGAAAGGGAGGAAUGUACGAUGACCCUAUCAGUGAGAACUGCCAACAAGGUGUAAUAUAGAAACUAAUAUAAGUAAGGAACACAUGGCAUAUGUCUCCGCAGUGUUAGACGUGCCAGUAGCCGCGUGCUUGUUAAGUCAAGGAAUGGUAUAUAGAUGAAAUCAACACUGUAAACGGGCCACCGCGCCAGUUAGAUACCAAUUCACUUUCCACGAUGGGCAUGCCCGUAAUCUUCUACGACAUCAGUGAUAAU